AUGGCUCAAGAUAAACCCCCCUCGGUGUCGUCCGGCAAGGGCAACAUCGACCCCGUGACUGCCCCGACAGCAACGGAAAUGGGUGAUUUCAAGGACAAGAAAGACAUCUCGCAUGUUGAGCGAGUGCUCUCUCCCAGUGACAACCCGAAGAAAGAUGACAUGGACUUUUCGAGGGUCGACAGAGAGGUCCAAGAAUAUGCCACACGAGGUCAAGUCGAAGUCGACGAUGCUACCAGUCGUCGACUGCGACGGAUGAUCGACCGGCGUGUGCUGGUAAUCAUGAUCUUGACAUAUUUCCUCCAAGCCCUUGAUAAGGGAACGAUGUCGUUUGCUUCUAUCAUGGGAAUCCGAGAGCAACUGGGUCUGCAUGGACAGCAGUAUUCCUGGUUGACAACCUGUAUUUACAUCGCCGUUUUGGUCGUCGAAUACCCCACCAACUGGAUUAUCCAACGAGUCCCCAUUGCCAAAUACCUGGGCAUCAACAUCAUCCUUUGGGGUACAUGCUUGGCCUUGCACGCCGCCUGCCAUAACUUCGCCGGCUUGGUCACGGUCCGAACCUUCCUCGGUAUUUUCGAAGCCGUUUGCCAGCCAUCCUUCGUGAUUCUAUCCAGUAUGUGGUACAAGAGAGAAGAACAGGCCAACACUGUUACAUAUUGGUACAUGAUGAACGGAGGCCAGCAAAUUGUCGGAGGUCUCCUGGCAUAUUGCUUCAGUCUAAUCGGCAACGAACGCGUUAUCCAAUCAUGGCAAGCCCUCUUCAUGACAUACGGAAUCAUCUCCGUGUUCUGGGGGGGGUUCGUCAUCCUCUGGAUGCCCGACUCGCCUAUGCGAGCCAAGUGUUUCACUGAGGAAGACAAGCAUUUGAUGGUCGAGCGUGUCCGUGGCAACCAGACAGGCUUGCAGAACAAGGAAUUUCGCUCAUACCAGAUGUGGGAGGCCUUCCGUGACCCUCAAAUGUACUGUUACUGUGCCAUCCAGGUGUUCACAACCUUGCCCACUAGCGGUCUUGGAGCGUUUGCGAACAUCAUCAUCACCGGUUUCGACUUCAACACCCUCCAGACCCAGCUGCUGGCCAUGGUUCUGGGUUUCUAUAUCAUCAUUGUGCUUCUCAGUUCCGCGUGGCUGGUCAAGAAAACCCACCAGAACUUGUUGGUCAUGAUGGGCUUUAUCAUCCCAUCUUUUGUCGGAACCAUCGUCCUCAUGACCGUGGAGAAUCACAACAUGAGCACCAAAGUCGGUCUGCUCAUCAGUUACUACAUCACGCUUUCCUUCUGGUCGGCUCAGAAUCUGUGUCUCUCCAUGGUCUCUCGUAACAUUGCUGGUGCCACCAAGAAGUCCGUGGUUGUUGCCGCGACUUUUGUCUCCUGGGCCGUGGGUAAUGCGAUCGGCCCCCAAGUGUUCCUCGAAUGGGAUGCUCCGCGCUAUUUAAUUGCCUUCGGUGUCCAUCUUGGUUGUUACUCGGCGAUGACUCUGGCUGUCAUCUUCUUGCGCUUCUAUUUGAAGGCCCAAAACAAGAAGAAGGAGCGUAUGUUGCAGGAGGCGGGUCUAGACCCCAACGAUGACAACCUUGGCCGUGCAUUUGAAGAUCGAACAGACCAGGAAAACCCCCACUUCCGCUACAUCUAUUAG